CGGUGGCAACUGGUGCUAACGCGGAGCCGAUUCUCGCAUUAUCGGUGGCUGGAAUACAUGUGGCUACAAGUACGGCGAUGGGUACCAGCGCAGGUGUACCCUUCGGCCCCUCGGGCUGGAUGGUGGACAUGUAAUCAACAAAUAUUGGAUAAGUGCAAUGCGUUCGUGAGCAAGGCUGAGCAAAAGGAGCAAGAGAAGAGGGAUACCAAAGAACGUAAGAGGAUUAAAUGGGAGAAAGAGGAGGAAGUCGCAAGAGUAAAAAAAGAAAGGGAAGACUUUGAAAGUCAAAUGGGGCAGAGACUCGAGAAUAGGCUUGCACCAAGGUACGAGGCUAUAAUGGGGAAGAGAGUAGCAAGCACCAACACGACAAACAAUGAAGUUUGCCGCCUCCAACGGAAGAACGAAGAACUAUGGACUAAGUAUGGUAUCCAAGAACAGAUGUCGACUACAUAUAUGGUUGAUCGGUUCCAAAAGGAAAACGACAAGCUCCGGAAGCAGGAGGUGAAGCUGAAGCUAAAGAUGGAAGGGGACCUUGCGGUAAUCAGGUGGGAAAUUUUGGGUCUGAAGGAGCACUGGGAAUCUGAGGGGAAGAGUGAACUCAUGAAGCAGAUCGAGGACCCGCGGGCGGAAAUGGAGGCGCUACGUAGACAAAAUGAAGAAAUGGAGGAGGUGGCUCAACUAUGGCGUAGUAAGGCACUGAGGCCCGAAAAUAAGCAAGGUAGUAUCAAUAUCAUGACUCCUAUGAACGAACGCCAUGCAACGAUACGCUUUGGACUGACGAUUAUACCAGAAGAAACAAGGAAGUUGAGGGCGGUGGUCGAGGAAUUGCAAGAGCGACUACAGUGCGGCUUGAAGGAGCGCAUGGCAUUGGCGAAGGCCAAGCGCUUGGAAGCGGAAGUCGAGGUGACGGGUUUGAGAGAAACAAUGGAGUGCCUAUCAAUGGACCAAGCAGGUUGCUGCUCGCCUCACGAAAGGGGUACUAACUUGAAAGAAAAAGUAGAGGAGGCGGUCAACACCGGUUUCCGGAUCGGGAGGAAAGGAAAAGUCAAGAUGACUCCGGGACAAAUGCCAAGGCAGGUGGCAGUGCCUGGAAGGUCAACGAUAGGUUUACCUUCAUCCAGCAGGAAAGGACGUGACUUCGGGCGCUCAAGAAAUGGGGUCUUGAGCCAUUGUGCAAGGAAGCAGGCAUUAAGUUCAAAACAAUUGAUGUUACUGUAGACGAACUUGCGAAAUGAAACGCGGACAAGGUU